AUGGCGGAGGCCGGGCAGAGCGGGAAGAAAUUUGUGUAUGUUGAGCCAUCUAGGAGAGUUAAAGAAAUACUUGAAGAAGAGCUUUACUUUCGGAAAGAAGCAUGCCAUGUUAAACAUCCAGCUGCAGUGGCUGUGGAAGGAAUUUGGAGUGUGAAAAAGAAUUUCUCCAUUGGAAGCCUGAAGCCAGUGUCACAGAACAGAAACGGUUUACUUUUGCAGCCUCAAUUCUACUCAAGGCACGCAGGAAUGAAAAUGGCAUCUGUGGAGUUUUUCCCAAGCCAGAGUGAACAAAACUGCUUGACAAGACCCUACCAGCACAGAGUAGCUGAUGGUGAUCGUGCCACGGACACGCUGUGUCUUACGGCAGAAAUGAGGCAAACUGGAGCUGGUGUGGGUUACUGCCAGGCUGGUAUUUCUUCUCCAGAAGAGAAAUGA